AUGCCUUCCAACCUCCCCCAACUCCUCUUCUUCUCCUCCCUCCUCUUCACUCUUUACACCGCCACUUCUGCCAACAGAUGGUACAUUUGCUCCACGUCCAACUCCACAACCGACGACACAUACCGAUCCAACCUCCAACACCUCCUCCCCUCCCUCUCCUCUGCCGUCGUUCCCACCGGCUUCUCCGCCCAAUCCAGAGGUCGACCCCCUAACCAAGUCUUCGGCUCCGCCCUCUGCCGUGGCGACGUCUCCCAAAACGAAUGCCAUUCCUGCCUCUCCUCCGCCACCAAAGACUUGCCCCGGUUCUGCCCGUUGAGUCGAAGCGGGGCCCUUUGGUACGAUACAUGCUUUCUCUACUACUCCACAAGCAUCAACGUCACUUCCUCCUCCAAAGACAACGAUACAAUUACUUUAAAAAAGGAUAGAUGGUUCGCCGACGACGCGGGGCAGAAUGCCUCGAACCCGAGAUUUGCGGUUCUGUUGGCCGAAUUGAUGGCCGGCUUAACCAAGCGGGCGGCAUACGGGUCGGCACUGCUGUUUGCCACGGGAGAGGUCAAUGUGACGAGCUCUGAGAGGCUGUACGGUCUGGUGCAGUGCACGAGGGAUCAGUCUGAGGACGACUGCAACCAGUGCCUGCAGCAGUCGAUGGAGUUCAUGUCGACUAACUUUCCACGGAGUGCCGGAGCGGAGACGCUGGCAUACAGUUGCUACAUGAGGCAUGCGAUGUAUGCUUUCUAUGAUGAAUCUGUCGGAGCGGCACCGCCACCUCCGCCGGUGCUGGUGCCGGGGGCGUAUUCCAACCCUCCACCGUCCAGAGGAAAAGAAUCAGGUAAAGCUGAAGUUUUCCUUCCUUACCAACAGCGUUUCUUUUCCUAG